AUGCCGGUAUUUCAUCCAGAGGACCAGGGACGGGAGUAUAGCUGUUGGUCUCCAGCUCUGCCUCUCCGUCGUCCCGUAACACCUCAGCAGCAUCAUCAUCAUCAUCAGGAACAGCCAGAUGUAGCAGUGGAGGAAGCUGUUGAAGACGAGAUCAUGAUAGACCAGUCUUCUCUCGAGCAGGGCAUGGAGACCCCCCGUCAUGGUCCUCAGACGAGCAGCCGUGAAGAGCUCAUACGGAGAAUCAAAGACGGCGAAAGCCCUACAUGGGUUCCCAACCGUGCUCUCGAAGAAUACUUUGCCACACAUGGUGACUCUCCGUUCGAGAGACUCGAGGAGAAGAAGAGGAAGAGCUCGCCUCUGCUGCCGCCUGUUGAGCUCGAACAGUCGCCGGAGCAGGAGAAAGCUCCCAGCUAUAGGUCCUGUGGCUCACCGGUCAGUAUUGAGCGGCCCAGAUCAGCUCUCCAUUCGGGAGAUUUCCGUGAGGGGUCUCCCAAGCCGCUCGGCAUAGAGCAGCUGGCACAGUCGUCUUCAUACCAGGAACCCGGAUGGGUCGACUCGAAUGUCCAUAUCCCUCCACCGCUGGAUCCCUUUGCCGGUGUCAGCUUCAAUCACCGCCAGGCCCUUGGUUCCCCUUCAGGAAGAUCCAGGGCUCCCUCUCUCGGCUCUGUUCCUUCAAGCUACGUGCUCAAGGCACCCACCAGCCCGCUGGUCAUCCAGGCAAACAAUCCAGACCUGGACUUCUCCCUCAAGGAUGAACAUAUGGAUGUAUGUUCAGCUGGCUCCGAAAAGGCCAGUAGACGACGGACUCUGCCCCCAGAAACGUUUCGAAACUUUCCCUCUUCUUCUUCUCCCCCGUCUUACUACCAGGCUCAUCAGCCCCGGAGAUCCAUCACCUCCAUGCGUAGCCUGCAGGUAGCCAGCUCCCCCCAGGGUGGACCGGACUUCUACCGUCCCAGGCGCCCUUCUCAGUCGGCGGAAGCGUCUCCCUUGCACCACGCCUCGAUGGUCGGAUCGUAUGAAGAAUCGAUCCUGAGAGGCAGGAUGUCCACCAACCCGUCCAAACCGCUGGAUUUCACUGCUGAGAUAGGGGUCCUCGGAAAAGGCAACUGCAAGUCUAACCUGAGAUGUCCGCCACACGUCAUGGUGCCGUUUCCCGCCGUAUUCUACAGCUACUCCGGCUCGGCCAGCGGCAAGAACAUAGCAGACGACAGUCCCAGUCCAUACGUCGGCUUCAUCGAUCUUGAAAACUCUCUGCCCGGAGAGAGCAGGGCCGCCGCUAAGAAACCGAAGAAGCAGGUUGCUCCGCGAAAAUGUCCAUGUCACCCUCCGGAAGAGAUAGCUUCUUCGGACCUCUCUCUCUCGCCACGCGGUGAACUCCGGGCUCGAGAAAAACGAUCCCGUCGCUCUCAGUCUCCAAAGUCACCGCCAGGCGGCUGCUACCGUAUUCCCCAACAGGGUCAGCUACAGAUCAUCAUCAAGAAUCCAAAUAAGACGGCCGUUAAGCUCUUUCUUGUACCGUAUGACCUCGAGGGCAUGGAGCCUGGCACCAAGACCUUCAUUCGACAACGGAGCUAUUCCACCGGCCCGGCCGUGGACAUUCCACAAGCCAGUCCAACACCGGACUCCCAGGAUAAACCAGUCCUUCGCUACCUAAUCCACAUCAACAUCUGCUGUCCGUCCCGGGGCCGUUUCUAUCUCUACUCCGGCAUCCGCGCCGUAUUCGCAAACCGAGUUCCCGACGGCAAGGAGAAGCUACGGAACGAACUGCAGUAUCCAGAGCCACGAUUCAGUGCGUACAAAGUAUCCAAGGAAUCCGCCAGAUUCGCCGCUGAAAAAGCACAACAGCAUCGUCGUCGUAGCUCAGGCAUUCGACUAGGCGGCAGUAGCAGGGACCAGGAUAGGGACCAAAUCAGCCCUUCUUCAUCAUUUGACUCACGGCCGCUUCAGCCUGCAUCUGCUCUUCAGAACUCACCAUCGCUACACCCUCAAAUGCCUGGCCUUCUCAACUUCCGUAGACAUCCAGAGGACCGCGAUGACACAUUUUCCAGCCCGUUAUACAUGCCUCCUACAGCAUGGCGUAUGCGGCCCAGUGCAGGCAUGCUAGAUACCUUCGACGGCAUAUCAGGUGCCUCUACCUCUCCGCGAAGUAAAACGACCUCAUUCACAACCUCAUUCAACACACAUCCUCCUUCUCAGGACAUACAACAGCAACUAUCACUUCCCCCCUUACAAUCCAUGCACAAUUUUCAAGUGCCACGCCAACAUCCCCGUCCCUCCAGCCGCUCAUCCAACGCCGAAAGCCUUCUCUCUCUCAAACUAAGAGAUCUCAAUGAAUCAUCCCCAUCACAUACCCAACCCUCCUAA